UAGUGUUUGGAUUGCCGUGAUACGUACUCAGUUUUUGGACUAUUAUAAGAAUAAAAACAUGUGCGACGACGACGUCUCAGCUUUAGUGAUAGACAAUGGGUCUGGUAUGUGCAAGGCAGGCUUUGCAGGAGACGAUGCUCCACGAGCUGUAUUUGCGAGCGUUGUUGGACGUCCCCGAUAUCAGGGUGUGAUGGUGGGCAUGGGCCAAAAAGAUUCCUACGUCGGUGACGAGGCCCAGACCAAACGUGGAGUGCUCACCGUGAAGUACCCCAUUGAGCACGGCAUCAUCAACAACUGGGACGACAUGGAGAAAAUAUGGCACCACACGUUCUACAAUGAACUGAGGGUAUCCCCGGAAGAUCACCCGGUGCUGCUGACCGAAGCUCCCCUCAACCCGAAAAUAAACAGGGAAAAGAUGACGCAGAUCAUGUUCGAGACAUUCAACUGUCCGGCUAUGUACGUCGCUAUACAGGCUGUCCUUUCACUGUACGCUAGCGGGAGGACGACUGGUAUAGUCAUGGAUUCUGGGGAUGGAGUGUCCCAUACGGUGCCGAUAUACGAAGGAUAUGCUCUUCCACACGCUAUUCUGCGUCUGGACCUGGCUGGUAGAGACUUAACCGACUAUUUGAUGAAACUGCUUACUGAAAGAGGAUACAGUUUCACUACCACCGCUGAAAGAGAAAUUAUUCGCGAUCUGAAAGAAAAGAUAUGUUUCGUGGCGUUGGAUUUCGAUCAGGAUAUAGCCUUAGCCCAGAAUACGUCGUGCUUUGAAAAGUCAUACGAACUUCCCGAUGGACAGAUAAUAACGCUCGGCAACGAGAGGUUUAGAUGCCCCGAAGCCAUGUUUCAACCAGCGUUGAUAGGAAUGGAGACACCCGGUAUAGCAGAGACAACCUACCUGUCCAUAAUGCGGUCCGACAUGGACAUCAGAAAAGAUCUCUACGCCAACACCGUGCUGUCCGGGGGAAGCACCAUGUUCCCCGGCAUAGCCGAUCGAAUCCAGAAAGAAAUAGCGGCUUUGGCACCGGCUUCCAUGAAAAUCAAGAUCAUCGCACCACCGGAGAGAAAGUAUUCCGUGUGGAUAGGUGGGAGUAUCUUGGCUAGUUUAACGACUUUCCAGCAAAUGUGGAUAUCCAAGCUGGAAUACGAAGAAUCUGGACCCAUAAUCGUUCAUAGGAAAUGCUUUUAG